AUGGGUAAGAAGCAAGCAGGCCAAUUCAAGCAAGCGUCGUUGUUUGAUAUUCGAUUAAAGAAUACCGAUCACGAUCUAUUAGUAUUGAAAGGUACUGAACAUGAUGCAGCUUCGGUAUUAUUAUCAGGAAAGAUAGCAUUAUCCGUAAAUGAACCGUUGACUGUGAAAAGGUUAUCCUUAAGGUUAUAUUCUACAUUGAGAAUACAUAACAUGGACCCUGUGAAUAAUGUUAGAAAUUAUCAGGGCAAGCCAUACAAAUUUGAGAAAAAGCUAUAUGAGUAUAAUUGGGAUGAUAUGGAAAUCAACCGAUAUUUGAGCAAUAUGUAUGAAAACUCGAAUUCUACUAAGCCUAUUGGAAUUAACAGAUCGCCAAAUCACUCUAGUACAGCCUUAAAGAAUUUAGCGUACUCUAGAAAAUCAAAAUCUUCUAGCAACUUAAGCAACUUAAGUUUUCCUUCUUUGACGCACGCUGAUUCAACAUCAAGUCUCAAUACUAAAUCUAACCAUAUUUUGGUUCAGGGUAAUUAUGAAUUUCCUUUUAGUGCUGUAUUACCUGGAGACAUGCCAGAAUCAGUAGAAGGUUUACCUGGAGCAUCAGUUGUUUAUAAAUUAGAAGCUACAAUCGACAGGGGUAAGUUUCAUAAUAACAUGGUUACUAAAAAGCAUUUGAGAGUAUUAAGGACUUUAACGACAGAUGCUGUUGAGCUUUCUGAAACAGUAGCUGUUGACAAUACGUGGCCUAAAAAAGUUGAAUACUCCUUGAAUGUUCCUUCCAAGGCCAUUGCAAUAGGCUCCAACAUUCCGAUUAGCUUUAUGCUUGUGCCUUUAUUGAAAGGUUUACAGUUAGGUGAAAUAAAAAUUCAAUUAGUUGAAUAUUCAUCGUGUAUUGGAUAUUUACCCCCAGCACACUCAGAAGAAAGAAUAGUUGCAUCGAAAGUUAUUUCCAAACCAAAUGAAAAUGAUCCUCAUUUCCAAAUGGAUAAAUGGGAAAUUGAUAAUUACUUGAAAAUUCCUGAUAGUUUAUCCAAAUGUACUCAAGACUGUGAUAUUCAAAAUUUCAUUAAAGUUCGUCAUAAAUUGAAAUUCACCAUUGGGUUAAUUAACCCCGAUAAUCAUGUCUCUGAAUUAAGAGCGUCGUUACCAGUUCAGUUAUUUAUUUCGCCAUUCGUAUCUAUUAGAGCUAAAUAUUGCGAUCAAGACGAGGAUGCACGCAGUCACGACGAAACUUCGAAUUAUGAUGAUGAAGAAUUAUUAUUUUCCUCAAAUAAUGGCAGUCAUACAAGUUUGAGAUCAUUGAAUUCAUCUCCCAAUAAUGAAAUUUCGAGUGACAAUAGGCUAACAUCUAAUCCAAAUUCUUAUACGUCAUUCAAUGGGUUGAUGGCUCCCCCUGUUUAUGAACAGCAUAUUUAUGAUAGAUUAUGGUCUGAUAUUUCACCAGUCGAAUCACCUUUGAAUUCCGGGUCGUCGACUCCAAGAUAUAGCAACUACAUUUCUAAUGAUAAUCAAGAUCAGGGUGAUGUACGUGAUCAAUUUUCUAUGUCUCCAUUGGACAGCGUUCAAUUGAAUGAAAAUUUAAGGGCUUUAAGCCUACAAAGACAACUACAAGAGUCUGGAGAUGAUUCGCCACAAAAUUCGGCACAAACUCCUGGAAGUUCUUCCAGAGAUAGAGCAGUUUUCAAUAUAGGCGAAAACAAUAGCCAAGGCGACUAUUUUUCUAGGUCAAGAACACCAUUAAGUACGUCGUCACCAUCCACAACAUAUAAUCAAUUACAAAGCCCAGGAAUUACCUCACCUCCAGUUCAUUUGUCUAGAGUUAAUUCUGAAACGAAUUUGGAUUCGAGAACUUUAUCUAGAGUACCAUCCUAUACUCAAGCAAUGAGGUCUGAUGUGAAUGAAGAUGCAUUAUCACCUGCGUAUGAGCCGCCACUACCAGGGUCGAAUAUUAAUUUAUCUGACAUGAAUAGAAGAGGAGUAGAUUCUAAUUCACCUCUGAAUAACUCCAAUCAGAAAAAUAGACUGCUUCUUUCCAGAGGCUCGAGUAACCUAAAUCUAAAAGGAUUGUCAUCUUAUGGCUCAAGAGGUUCCUCAUUGAAUUCAUCUCCUUCGAAUUCUCGUAAUGUUUCAUCUUCAAAUCUUGCCGCAUUGCCUCUGUCACCAGGAAGUUUAUCGCGGACAUCGUCUAAAAAGAGUGUUCACAGCAACAGUGGAUCAUCAUCAAAUACGCCAAUAUCAUCGUCUCCGGGUUUUAAAACCCACGACUUACCUCCGCAUCUAUUACAUCAUAACCAUUCUAGCUCCAGUACAAGCAUAACAAAACCAUCCAGUAGUGCAUCUGAUAGGAAUGCUGCCAUAUUGGGAUCCAGUUUCCCAAAGAAAACAACUCCAAGUUUGAAUUUGAACGUUCCUUUCUUGCUGAAGAAGUCUAAGGACAAGAAAUGA